AUGUCGCAGCUUAUUACUUUAGCCACUUGUAACCUAAACCAAUGGGCUUUGGAUUUCGAAGGUAAUAGAGAUCGUAUUUUAGAUUCCAUUAAAAUAGCAAAAGAAAAGGGAGCUCGUUUACGUGUAGGUCCAGAACUAGAAAUAUCAGGGUAUGGUUGUCUAGAUCAUUUUCUGGAAAAUGACGUUUGUUUACAUUCAUGGGAAAUGUAUGCCCAUAUUAUUAAAAAGCAAGAAACUCAUGGAAUUAUCUUAGAUAUUGGUAUGCCAGUGUUGUAUAAAGAUGUUCGUUACAAUUGUAGAUUAUUGUCGUUGGAUGGUAAGAUUUUGCUUAUUAGACCAAAGCUUUGGUUAGCUAAUGACGGUAAUUAUCGUGAAAUGAGAUUUUUCACUCCAUGGAUGAAGCCAGGUUAUGUGGAAGAAUUUGUAUUACCACCUGCCAUUCAAAAGAUUACCGGCCAAACAACUGUUAAGUUUGGUGAUGCUGUAAUAAAUACUUUGGACACAUGCAUUGGAACUGAAACUUGUGAAGAAUUAUUUACCGCACAAUCUCCUCAUAUUAAUUUAUCAUUAGAUGGUGUAGAAAUUAUAACAAAUUCCUCAGGUUCACAUCAUGAAUUACGUAAACUAAACAAAAGAUUAGAUUUGAUCAUUAAUGCUACAAGUCGUUGUGGUGGUAUUUAUUUAUAUGCAAACCAAAGAGGCUGUGACGGUGAUAGAUUAUAUUAUGAUGGUUGUGCUUUAAUUGCAGUCAAUGGUAAAGUUGUUGCACAAGGGUCUCAAUUUAGUUUAAAAGAUGUAGAAGUUGUUACAGCUACUGUCGAUUUGGAAGAAGUUAGAACUUACCGUGCAUCCGUGAUGUCUAGAAGUAUACAAGCUUCUUUAACAAAGACACGUUAUGAGAGAGUUCAAGUUCCAAUAGAAUUAGCACCAAAAAGUUCUAGAUUUGAUCCUUCCAUUCAUCCAUCUACUCCAAAGGAAGUCUCCUACCAUACUCCAGAAGAAGAAAUUGCAUUUGGUCCAGCUUGUUGGUUAUGGGAUUACCUUAGACGUUGUAAUGGUACUGGGUUUUUCUUACCAUUAUCUGGUGGUAUUGAUUCAUGUGCAACUGCAGUUAUCGUCCAUUCAAUGUGUCGUUUGGUAGUUAAAGAAGCUUCAGAAAAUAAUGAACAAGUCUUAAAAGAUGUUCGUAGAAUGACCGGUAAUGAUGAUGAAUGGAUUCCAAAGAAUCCACAAGAGAUUUCUUCAAGAAUUUUUCACACCUGUUUCAUGGGUACUGAAAAUUCCUCAAAAGAAACUAGAUCUAGAUCUGCAGAAUUAUCAAAAUUUAUUGGCUCAUAUCACGUCGAUUUAAAUAUGGAUUCAUUGGUUACAGCUGUGGUCAGUUUAUUUGAGGUGGCAACUGGUAAAAGACCAAUUUUCAAGAUCUUUGGUGGCUCUCAAAUUGAAAAUUUAGCCUUGCAAAAUAUUCAAGCACGUUUAAGAAUGGUUUUAGCUUAUUUGUUUGCUCAAUUAUUACCCUGGGUACGUGGGAUUAAGUCUGGUGGACUAUUAGUUUUAGGUAGUGCCAACGUUGAUGAAUGUCUAAGGGGUUAUUUGACUAAAUAUGAUUGUUCUUCUGCUGACAUUAACCCAAUCGGUGGUAUUUCAAAGACUGAUUUGAAAAGGUUUAUAGCUUAUGCUUCAAAUGAAUUUAAAAUGCCUAUUUUAGUUGAAUUUUUAAAUGCUACUCCCACUGCUGAAUUGGAACCAAUUACUAAAGAUUAUGUUCAAUCAGAUGAAGUCGAUAUGGGGAUGACCUAUGAAGAAUUGAGCGUUUUUGGUUAUUUAAGAAAAGUAGACAAGUGUGGUCCAUAUUCCAUGUUUUUAAAAUUACUUCAUCAAUGGACUCCAAAGAUGACACCAGCUCAAGUGGCUGAAAAGGUGAAGAGAUUCUUCUUCUUUUAUGCUAUUAACAGACACAAACAAACUGUUCUUACCCCCAGUUAUCAUGCUGAACAAUAUUCACCAGAUGACAAUAGAUUUGAUUUAAGACCAUUUUUGAUUAAUCCAAGAUUUACCUGGGCUUCCAAAAAAAUUGAUCAAGUCGUCGCUCAAUGUGAAGGUAAAGAUAUCGAAGUCGAUAUUAUGACAGUUGAUUAA